AUGCGUCGGGUAAGAAAACCAGAUAAACGACGGUCGCAAAUUUCGUCGGUCCACAACGACGGAGUACCUGAUUGCAACCCCAAAGAAGUUGAUGUUUCUCCCGAUAUUGUUACUUCAAAAUUGUCGGAAUCGCAAGAUAAAAUUGCCAAAAGUUUAACAGAUGAAAACGAUAGCUUAAGAAACAAAAACACAACUUUAAGGUAUCAAGUUGAACUUCUUUCAGAACAAUUAAACGAUCUUCGGGAUGUCAAUAACGAUUUAAAAGGUCAAAAUAGUCGAAUAAGAGAGGAAAAUAGUAUUCUCCGAAAUGAACAAUCUCAACUCACAGCACGGAACGAUUGCUUAGUAGAGCAGAUUAUCUUGCUACAAAAGAUGCUUGAAGACAUGGGUGUCACCAUAGACGAAGAGGGUAGCUUUGUGAUCAGCAGGGGCACAGACUCGCCAAACCUUGAAUUUGUGGCUCGUGAAGAAGAAACCGAAAAUUCCUGCAACGGAACCUCUACAAAUCCCGCUUCCUAUCGGAAACCUCCUGCUUGUGAUAGUAAACUCGAUUUCCUUUAG